GCGACCAUGCCCGGCUAUUUAUCGGCCGUAAAGCUUCGUGACUUGCUCGGUCACACUCCUGUGUUCACUGUUCAGUAGCCAACUUGUCAUGUCGUCGGCCGUUCCAGCAUGCUCGGCGGCAGCGCCACAUGUCGUCGAGGACUGCCUCGGCCUCGUCCAGCUGCUCAGCGACGGCACGGUGAGGCGGUCCACGGACUACUCGGUGUUCCCGCUCGUUGGCGGCGUGCCGCCGCCGGACCUGCCCGUGGAGUGGAAGGACGUCGUCUACGACGGCGCGCACGGCCUCCGGCUCCGCAUGUACCGGCUCUCCACCGCCGGCGCUGGCGGCGGGGUGGAGGAGAAGAAGCUGCCGGUGCUCGUGUACUUCCACGGCGGCGGCUUCUGCGUCGCCAGCUUCGAGGUGAUCAACUUCCACGCCGGUGCGCUCCGCCUCGCCGCCGAGCUGCCCGCCGUCGUGCUCUCCGCCGACUACCGCCUCGCGCCAGAGCACCGCCUCCCCGCCGCGCUCGACGACGCCGAGUCCGUCUUCUCCUGGCUCCGCUCCCAGGCCGCCGGCGGCGGCGGCGCCGACCCGUGGCUCGUCGAGUCGGCCGACUUCCGCCGGGUGUUCGUCACCGGCGACUCGGCCGGCGGCAACAUCGCGCACCACAUCUCUGUGCGCCACGGGUCCGGGGAGCUCCCACUCACCCCGCUCCGGCUCGCCGGCUGCGUGAUGCUCUGGCCCUACUUCGGCGGCGAGGAGCUGAUGCCGUCCGAGGCGGCGUCCCCGCCCGGCGAGCCCAUGGGCAUGGCGCUGUUCGACCAGUUGUGGCGCCUGGCGCUGCCGGCGGGCGCCACCAAGGACCACCCGAUCGCGAACCCGCUCGCGCCGGGGAGCGUCCCGUUCGGCGACCUCGGCGGCGACUUCCCGCCGGUGCUCGUCCUCGACCCCGACCAGGACGUGCUCCACGACCGCGUCGGGGAGUACGUCGCGAGGCUGAGGGCGGCCGGCAAGGAGGUCGAGCUCGUCGUGUUCGAGGGGCAGGGGCACGCCUUCUUCGUCACGGAGCCGUGCGGGGAGGCCUCGGACGAGCUGAUCCGGGUCAUUAGGCGGUUCGUGCACAGUGGUUAAUAAUUGGUGAAUGAAUCAGAAAAUUAAAAGGCUGUGUUAUGCAAAUAAUAUUUGUCACUGUAAGAAAUAAAUGGAGGCACUAUAUGCUGGGUGAUUGUCUUUUUUCAUAAACA